AUGCGGGUUGGAGCCGAUCUUACCCUAUCAUAUAUUCAUUGUCGCCUUUCUCCUCUAAUAAGACCCUCCACCGCCAUUGACUGCCGCCCUUCUCCUCCAAUAGGACUCUCCACCGCCAUUGACUGCGUAUAUGAAUAUAUUCCUCAUGCUUAUCGGAUUUAUUCACUUCAUAACUCCUCCGCUCUAUUCCCAUUAUUGCAUUCCAAUCGAACGAUGAUGUCGACUUCUACUACUCCUUCUCACUAUUUCAGUUUCUUCCAAUUUCAUUCUAUUUCGAGUUUUAAUUAUUUGGUUUCAAGAAACAGGUUUGGUACUGCACCUGGCUCGGAAGGUUCCAGUGCCACAAAGGAAGUGAAGGAGCUGAAAAAGAAGGCUGCAACAUAG